UUCUUAGUACAACGCGAAAAUGGGUAGACUCAUCAGCUGUUUGCAGUGUUUUUUAUGGUCAUUCACUAUAUGACUCGACUUUAGAUAAUGCGACUUAUCAGCGAUAAAUAUUGUUACGUUUUGUUACGCUAACAGUGAUUAAUAAUAGAAGACAGUAUGGAAAUGUCUGACAAAAGACAGGUCCCAACGCCGUUGAGGAAAGCAUUGGCAGUGGAUGCCUAUUUGACAGACGAGUUUGUCAAAUUAGUGGAAAAAAUCCUACCCUUGAAACAAUUAAAAGUACAUUAUAAAUUAUUGGAGAUAUCAUGCCAUGGCAUUCCUUGGCUCACAAUAUCUCUUGUACUGAUUUGGGUUUUGAGCAGCAAAAGCUUGUAUCAAAUGCAAGUUAAUCUUCUAAUAGGAUUGCUGCUCGACAUUGUUUUUGUUUCUGUGCUUAAAGCAAUUACAAGAAGAAGACGACCAAACACUAACGACGAUCCAUUCUCAAUAGGUCCUGAUAAAUAUUCCUUUCCAUCUGGACAUGCAUCUCGGGCUGCAUUUCUCGUAUAUUUCUUCCUUCAUCUGUGGCCUGUACCUUUGAUAUGUGCACCACCUUUGCUAGCAUGGUCCUUUAGUGUAUGCAUGUCCAGAAUGUUAAUGAGAAGACAUCAUUUACUAGAUGUGUUCGCUGGUGUGCUUCUAGGCAUUUUGGAAGGUUUAAUUAUAGGUUAUAUUUAUUUGGAACAGGAGACAUGCAUUAGUUUAGUUUCCUGGAUUACAGACGAGAAAGUAUCUGGAGCUGAUUAAUAUUCGUAUGAUUGCGAUUUAUGCUUGAGAAAUGUAAAUAAUGUACUGUAUUAAUUAAUAAUGUAUUAUAAAAAUUGUAACGCACUAAUAUGUAAUAAAAUAAUGUAAUGAAAUAAU